UGAGCCCCAGCGUCUCGUAUAAAAGCUCCUUACGGUCCUCAUCAGAUAUCAUUCGAGAUCCUCAAGCAACACACGCUUAUACAAUGGCAUUCAAGUUCGUGAUCCUCGCCUGCCUGGUGGCGGCCGCCAGCGCUGGCUUACUCCCAGCUGCUCCCGUCGCAUACUCCGCCGCCCCCGUCUACCACUCAGCCCCCAUAGUCCACGCCGCGCCCCUGGCCUACGCCGCGCCUGUCGCUAAGGUCGCUAAAGUAGCCGUCGAGGAGUACGACCCCCACCCACAGUACAACUUCGCUUACGACGUGCAGGACAGUCUCACCGGCGACUCCAAGUCCCAGCAUGAGACCCGCGACGGUGAUGUCGUCCAGGGAUCCUACUCUGUGGUCGACCCUGACGGCACCAGACGUACCGUUGACUACACCGCCGAUCCCCACAACGGCUUCAACGCCGUCGUCCGCAAGGAAGCUCUCGGUGUGAAGGUGGCAGCUGUUGCGCCCGUUGCUAAAAUCGCCGCGCCCGUCGCGUACGCCGCUCCCGUCGCCAAAAUCGCCACCCCCUACACAUACGCGUCCGCUCCCCUGGUGCACUCCGCGCCAGUAGUGCACGCCGCCCCCGCGUACUACUCCGCUCCCCUCUACCACCACUGAAC